AUGUUCGCUCCUCAUAAGAGCCAGGAGAUUAGUCAAAUCUACGAACGAAACAAUGAAGCGACACUCUAUAUAGCCAACUUAGACGCCCAAGUGGACGAAGAAAUCCUGUGCGAGCUUUUUAUGCAAUGCGGUAACGUCAAGAAUGUACACAUACCACGGGAUAAGAUCAAUGGGUUUCAUGCAGGUUAUGGCUUCGUGGAGUAUGAAUACGAAUACGAGUGUGAGUACGCAGGGAAGGUGUUGAACAUGACGAAACUAUUCGGAAAGCCCCUGCGGUGCAACAAGGCGUCUCAAGAUAAGAAAUCCUUUGACGUAGGAGCGAAUCUAUUUAUAGGAAACCUAGAUGCAGAGGUGGAUGAGAAAAUGCUCUUCGAUAUUUUCUCCUCCUUUGGGCAAGUAGUAACCGUCAGGAUAAUUAGAAACGAAGAUGAUACAUCUAGAGGACACGGAUUUAUCUCAUACGAUAACUUCGAAUCCAGUGAUAUGGCCAUCGAAAAUAUGAAUAACCAAUUUAUAUGCAACAAGAAGGUUCAUAUAUCCUAUGCAUUUAAAAAGGAUUCUAAAGGGGAGAGGCAUGGAACAGCAGCUGAAAGAUUCAUUGCGGCUAAUAAGGCUCUAAGUUUAUUUUCAGGAAAUGAAAACUCAAAUAAUCUAAUGCCACAUAAUUUAUCUAAUGGAGAAAAUACAACUAAUACGAGGCGUGGUAAGAAUAAUGGUUCAUUAAAUGGAGAGAACAAUCAAUUUCUACGACCACCCUUAACAUCUUCGAAUGCUAUCAACCCCCCAUCGAGCAAUUCCUUGCCGCCUGUUAUGAAUUCGUACUUUCCAGGAAAUAUGCCGCCCCCCAUGGGGUCCAGUUUUCCCAAUCAACCGAUGAACAUCAAUAGCGCCAUGCGCCCUAAUGGCUCGUUCAUGAUGCCACAGAAAAUCGGCAAUCGGAUGAUGGGUAGUAUGCCUCCCAACAUGCCACCCAUGAAUAUGCCUCCAGGAAUGCCCCCCAACAUGCCACCCAUAAAUAUACCCCCGAAUAUGCCUCCUCCAAAUAUGCCUCUCAACAUGCCACCCAUGAAUAUACCCCCAAAUAUGCCUCCUCCAAAUAUCCCUCUCAACAUGCCCAUGAACAUGCCACCUAACAUGCCCCUCAACAUGCCGAUGAAUAUGCCCCCCAAUUUCCCCCCCAACUUCCCACCGAAUUUCCCUCCUUCCUUUGCCCCGAAUUUUCCACCCAACAUGCCCCCGAACUUUCCACCGAAUUUCCCCCCCAAUUUACCUCCCACGCCCCCGACCAACAUGCAACUCAGCGGCUCCUUAAACGCAUCAUCAACUGCGGAACCGAAUCCGAGUGGCCCAAAUGAGCAAAAUGAAGUUGCGGGCACUUAG